AUGGGACAACCACAGUUUCCUAAUCCAAAGUUUGCUAAUCAAGAUCUGAUUAAAAAUGGUGCUCUUAUCAAUGGUGAGUGGAUAAAUGAUGCUAAGGAAUAUUUUGACGUUACAAAUCCUGCUUCUGGUGAAGUAAUAGCUACGCUACCCGAAUUAUCACUUUCUCAGGUCGAUUAUUCCAUUGAAAUGGCACAUGAUGCAUUCAAGAGCUAUAAGAAUACAUUGCCCAGGCAAAGAGCUGUCUGGUUGAGGAAUUUAUACAACCUUAUGAUAGAAAAUGAGGAAGAUUUAGCCAAAAUUAUUACUUGGGAAAAUGGUAAGACUUUAGCUGAAGCAAGAGGUGAAAUUAAAUAUGCUGCGUCUUAUUUUCAAUGGUUUGCGGAGGAGGCACCGCGUAUUUAUGGUAAUACUAUACAAACAAGUACCCCGACCAAUCGUGUCUUCACCAUUAGACAACCUGUCGGAGUAUGUGGUAUUAUAUGUCCUUGGAAUUUUCCAAGUGCUAUGAUAGCAAGAAAGGCUGCUGCUGCCCUAGCAGCUGGAUGUACAGUGGUUAUCAAGCCUGAUUCUUCCACUCCCCUGUCGGCGCUAGCUUUAGGCACUCUAAUUGAAAAGGCUGGUUUUGCUAAAGGUGUAGUGAACAUUAUCCUAUCACAUAAAAAUACCCCAGAGCUUGGAAAUAGAUUAUGUGAAUCAUCUAAGGUUAAGAAGGUAAGUUUUACAGGUUCUACAAGAGUAGGCAAGAUUUUAAUGAAACAAUCAGCCACUACCCUAAAAAAACUAUCUCUAGAACUGGGUGGUAACGCGCCUGUUAUUGUUUUUGAAGAUGCGGAUUUAGAGCAAGCUGCAGAACAAGUUAUUGCAUCCAAAUUCAGGUCAUUAGGACAAACUUGCGUUUGUAUUAACAGGGUUUAUGUUCAUUCAAAUAUUAUUCGUGAUUUCACAAAAUUACUUUCUUCAAAAGUAUCCAAAUUUAAGAUAGGCUAUGGCUUUGAUGAAAAUGCUACACUGGGUUGUUUAAUUAAUGAAAAUGCAGUUAAAAAAGUGGAGGCUCAUAAGAAAGAUGCUAUUGAUAAGGGUGCAAAAGUUGUUGUUCCAGGAGGUUUACUUCCUGAACUUGGUCCAAAUUUUUAUGCACCAGUUAUACUAUCACAUGUUACACAAGAUGCAUUAGUUGCAAAAGAAGAAACAUUUGGUCCGCUUUGCCCAAUUUUCUCCUUCGAUACAAUGGAGGAAGUCGUUGGGUAUGCUAAUGAUACAGAAUUUGGAUUAGCUGCAUAUGUCUUUUCUAAAAAUGUGGACACAAUAUACACCAUUUCAGAAGCUUUAGAGACAGGUAUGGUUUCUUGCAAUACCGGUAUUUUUUCAGAUGCAGCCAUGCCAUUUGGGGGUGUCAAGGAAUCCGGUUUUGGAAGAGAAGGUUCUCUACAUGGAAUUGAAGAUUAUACCGUUCUUAAAGCAAUCACUAUUGGUGGUCUACCGCCACGAUUAUAA